AUGGCAGAUGAUACACCAACCAUCUUCACCCCGGACACGUACGUGAAUACCCCAGAUAGCCAUGUCCGAAUCACCAACUUCCCGGAGUCGGCUCCUGGGGUGACGCCCAUCCAGAUUGUUAAACUCAAUCGUCCCGACAAGCUAAACGCAAUUACAAGUGACAUGAUUUAUGCUCUCAUGAAAUUCUUUUCGACCGUCGACGUGGAUAACCGGGUUAAAGUCGUCAUCCUAACAGGCGCGGGCAGAGCAUUCAGCGCUGGGAUCGACCUGAAUAUGGACACCAGUAAAACUAAGGACUUACUGCCACCAAGUGAGAUGCGAGACCCGGGCGGGACCUUGGCACUUGCAAUGUUUAAUUGCUGCAAGCCUAUAAUCGUGGCAUAUAACGGCCUUGCCGUCGGGAUUGGCAUGACGUCCACGCUGGCCGCCACUAUCCGUGUUGCAUCUCGAGAAACAGAAUUUGGAUUCCCUUUCUCGCGUAUUGGCCUUACCAUGGAGUCUUGCAGUUCGUAUUUCCUGCCCCGUAUGGUUGGCUACAGCAAUGCGACAUACCUGCUGGCUACAGGGAAGAGAUACCCAGCUCACUCUGCGGUGCUACACGGCAUCUUUGCAGAGCUCUUACCUGAGCUCAAGGAUGUUAUGCCCCGCGCACUCGAGAUCGCGCAGGAUAUCCUUGACAACGUGAGCAGGAUGGCCAUCCAUCUGAAUCGACAGCUUAUCUGGCGGAACCCUGGAACCGCAGAAGGUGCUCACUUGGUGGAUAGCCCACUGUUGUAUGACAUGUUUGGCGGGAGGGACCACCUUGAAUUCAAGGCAUCCUUCUUUGGGAAGCGUAAGCCAGCGUUCAUGGACGUAUUGUCUAACAAUGCGCCACGGACAUAUCCUUGGUGGAAUAAGCUGUCAGUGCAGAGGACAGCUAAAGCCCAGUCCUGUCCGGACAGUAAAUUGUGA